UUGAAAUUCAUAUUAUUUGCUUAUAGCUGUGUAACAUCAUAAAGGGAUGGCAAGUACAUUUUUAAUCCGCCGUGCCCAGGUACAGGUUCCCGACACAUGCGCGUGGUGUGAAACCAUACAGGACGUUAACUGGUACUGUAAUGACUGUCUGGAGGUUCUGUGUGACCGUUGUAAGGAGAUCCAUAAACGUGCGAACAGGACAAAAAACGACGAUGUCGUACCAAUAAAAGAGGCGAACAAGCAGGACGAGGCAGUACUCCUAGAGGUUUGUAAGACACAUCGAGGUAAGACAUGUGACCUAUACUGUAGUGACUGUGACAUCGCGAUGUGUGCGAUGUGUUUAACCGGGAAACAUAAACAACAUACUUUCAAAAACAUUGAAGAGGAAAUUGGAGCGCAAAAACAAAAUAUGCAAGAUCAAUUAAAAAUACUCAAGUCCAAGUUAGACCAUUUUGAUGAUAAUUUAUCGAAACGGCAUGAAGUGAGCAAAUCAUUUAAAGAGAGCGUGGAUGUCGUCCGACAAACUGUUCAAACCCAGAGACUGAAACUGAAAGCAGAGGUUGAUUCCAUAGCUGAUUCCGUCUUGGUCGAAUUAUCGGCCUUGGUGGAAGAAGAAGAAAAAAUCUAUCAACAUGAUUGUAAAUCUCACGAACAAACUAUCAAAGAGAUUAAGCAGCUG